UUCCAACUCGCGCCACCCGCGGCAUUCCAUCUUCCUGGCCUGACAAGACAGCCUUAAAUCACUCUACCAUGCAUAGCAAUUGUAAUAUAAUAUUGUUGUUACCUAUAAUUCUCAAGACUAGCUAGUUGGGAUGGCUACUAUUCCCCUGUGCCCGAAUGUAUAUUUAACUCUUAUUUACGAUUGAGACAUAUGAGCACUAAGUCUUUAAGGCAUUCCUUUGACUACGGAUGCGACGGAGCGAAACAUAGCAAGGCAGACUACGCGCUACGAUAUCUUGCAGCAAACCUGAAACCACUGAUCGCGAAAUAUCACUUGAGCUAACUGUCUAUUCUACGAUUAUAUAUUAUAUACGUACGCGACCAGAGCGCCAUUGCGCCUAAGCGAAAGACCAAAUUUGGUCCCUAUUCCCAGGUGACCGCGGUCGUGGCAAGAUAAUGGAAUAUGUCGACCUCUUUACCGGCCACCGAGGUCGCGCGCCCUCAACAAGACGAUCUCACCGCUACCCGUGUUAAUACAAAAUCGAACCACAAUGGAUUGGACUCGCUUCAUGAUCUAGGGCAGUCGCCUACCAUCUCUGAUGAUCCGAGUACUAGCACACUGCUUAAAGGUUCUGCCAAGAGAGGCACAAAUAAGCUUACGCGGAAGGAUACGGGAGGAAAGGAUGUAAAAGAUAGAAAGGACGCAGAUCCCGGGGUGCGGACCAGCGCGCAACCUACACCCUCGCCGGCGCUCGAUCCAUUAUCUCACCAUAUAUUUGCAAGGACCAAUACCGAACGAUCUAUCGCCUCGAGGUUUCGCAACUCUGGACGGCCUGAUAGCCCUGCCAAUGAGGCGCUACCUCGUCUUUCCUCCGAUAUGUCAAUCAAGCAAGUGACCCCUCAGCUCGAUCACGUUAAGGAUAGAAGAAAGGGAGGUUUCCUUAGUCGCCUUAGCAUGAUCAGCGGCAAGAAGAAAGACAAUGGUAUUCACGACGAUGAAUCCGAAAUUAGCGAAAUGAGGACCGAGGGCGCGAAUGCUGUUGCUUUUUCUUCUACUGUUGGCGCCGGCGGAUAUAUCCCUCACCAUAAAGAACCACCGCGAUAUAUCAGGGUUAGAGCACAGAAUAAGAAAGUUAAGGAGUUCAACCGCAUGUUUCUCGCGCAGGAGCUCGUAGGCACGCAACAGCCAAUUCAGGAUGGUCAGAUAGGCACCGACGACGGAAGUGCAGCAGUACAGGAGCCUAGCAAGGAUGAACCAGCACCAGGAGGCCCUAUCUGGGCUGUUGAGUUUAGCAAAGAUGGAAAAUACCUAGCUACUGGAGGUCGGGACCGGGUUGUACGCAUAUGGGCGGUUAUCGCAACACAAGAAGAUAGGAAAGUGGACGAAGAGGAAGAAAAUGCUACCAGCGAGAAAGAGGAGCGUCUAAGCGCGCCGGUAUUUCACGCGAAACCGAUUCGGGAAUUUGUUGGCCAUGCGGGCGAUAUUCUCGAUCUCAGUUGGAGCAAGAAUAACUUCCUCCUUUCUUCGUCGAUGGACAAGACCGUUCGCCUAUGGCAUAUAAGUAGACAGGAAUGCUUGUGCACAUUUAAGCACAAGGACUUUGUUACGUCUAUAGCCUUCCAUCCUCGGGACGAUAGAUUCUUCCUAGCAGGUUCUCUCGAUUCUUACCUGCGACUAUGGAGCAUUCCAGAUAAAGCUGUCGCUUAUUCGAGCCAGCUCUCCGAUUUCAUUACUGCCGUUGCAUUCUCUCCCGACGGAAGAACUGCAAUAGCAGGGUGUUCGAACGGAUUUUGUAUGUUUUAUGAGACCGAGGGUCUCAAAUAUCAUACACAGAUUCACGUGCGGUCAUCACGAGGCAAGAAUGCUAAGGGGAGUAAGAUCACGGGUAUCGAAACGAUGGCAUUCCCUCCGGACAGCCCGGAUGGUGUGGUGAAGGUUCUCAUCACAUCAAAUGAUUCCCGGAUUAGGAUCUACAAUAUGGGUGACAAGAAUCUCGAUUUGAAGCUCAAGGGCCACACAAAUGCGUGUAGCCAGAUAAGAGCGACGUUCAGCGACGAGGGUAAUUAUAUCAUAUGUGGAAGCGAGGAUAAGAGAGCGUUUGUAUGGUCUACCAGCUCAAAACUUGCCGAGAACAAGGAAAAGAGGCCUUGCGAAUACUUCGAGGCCCAUUCCGACAUUGUUACUGGAGCCAUUUUUGCUCCGACAGCGACACGACAGUUAUUGCAAUCUUCUGGCGAUCCUAUAUUUACGCUAUGCAAUCCUCCUCCAGUAACAUUGCUCAGCAAAGAGGAAUCGGCCGUGACUCGAACGGUAGAGUCUCAAGAUACGCAGUCUGAAGGCUCAACCAAGAUAAAAAAGCCCGAAGAGUCUCCAGUGUAUAUCGCACGCUCCGCUCACUACGAUGGUAAUAUCGUCGUAACUACUGAUCACGCAGGUCUAAUCAAAGUCUUCCGCCAAGAUUGCGCCUUCGUCAAGCGUCGCCAUGAUAAUUGGGAGACUGGUUCGACGUUCUCUAGGAAGCUCGGAAGAGAUAGUUUGCUCGGACGAAGUGGUAGCAUAGCCACGCGAAUUAGUGCUAGUAGCCGAGAUCCGCAUUCUCGCCGAGGUUCACUCACGCAACCGCUUCAGGGUAUAUUCCAGGCCAACUCGGAUAGAAUCAAUACAUGGCGCUACGGCGUCGAAGGACAUCCGGGUAGGCCGGUCUCCCUAGCUAUAUCAACCCCUACGCGUAGCGAACGGUCCUUAUCGCCGAGUAAAGCGGCUCGUACUCCCGCAAAUUCCACCCCGAAUACAAGAAGACAUCAUUACGCAAGCAUGUCAGUUCCUAGUGCACCGGCGAGUCCUUCCUCUGGUAAACCAAUAAAUGGCAUUACCGACCGUUCAAAUUUACGAGAUUCACUGGUACCACCAACACCGAGCUUCUCAUUCCGACCACUCGACGAGGAAGAAGAUGAACUGCGUUUAGACCCUGCUGGCGCGAGCUAUUCGUUCUGGAAUCUUAAUAGAUGGCGAAACAGCAGCCAGGCGCGAGGUAAUGGCAUUCAUGGCCUAACUCCUGAUUCGGCGCAUAACCGUUCUGCAAGCACCGGUGUGGCCUCUGACGUAACGGUGGGCAAAGAUAGUCGACGGAAGAGCACAGCAGUAGAUACGGAAGAAUCCGAUAAAAACGACUCGUCAGAAAAAGCUAAUCGCCGCAAGAGUUUGCCGGCGGGAGCAAUAUUGUCACGGGCCCAGGAAGGUAACCAUCUGGCUCCCAUCAAGCCCGCUGCUCCUCGACCUGACUCGUACGUCAGCCACGUGAGCUCGGAAUUAACCAGCGAGGACGGCGAAGAUAUGCAGUGUCGUACAUGCGGCAGCCGAGAGUUCAGGAUGAAGAAAAUCGGGGGCAAGAAGAAGCUACUUUGCGGGAAAUGUGGCCGGGCAGUUUGAUCUUACCGCGGCUAGACGAUGAUGUACAAAUAUAUAAAUGAGAUACCUAUGCUUAAACUAUUACACGGUUGUACGAAGAAGAGCGGGUUUUGGAAUGAUUGGUUUGGUUACAUAUACGCAUGGCGAUGGACGUUGGUUUCUUUCUACAUAUCAACAGGGUUUUGGAGUUGAUGAAGAGGACUUGGGGCAUUGGUAUUGUGAUAUUGAUCAUCGGGGCGGAGAUACCACGAUCAAUUUAAAUACUGCUCUUUGAUAUAUAUAUAUACCUUUCAAUUCACGAAGUUUCUCACGUUUUAA